CCCGAACACUCAAUUCAGCCCCACUCCCAAUAUUUUUCUCAAAGUUCAAAAGUGUUGGAAGCACCAAAUUUCAUCGUCACCGGUUCACCUCUUUCUCUCUUCGUCGGAAGCUCGCCGUAGAAUCUCAACUUCCCCGGAAGAUCAACCCUCCCCCGCCUCCAGUUAGCCCUGCAACCUUACAGAAGAAGAAGGGAUAACAAUCAUUUCAUCUCAUGAGGCCGGCAAGAAAUCCGAUCCACAUCGUGUCAGUAUGGGUCCGGCGACAGCCGCCGAAGGUGAAGGCCUUUAUGGCCGUCGUUCUUGGCAUGCUAACUUUGGUGGUACUUCGAUUCAUCGUUCACGAUCACGACAAUCUAUUUGUCGCUGCCGAGGCAUUGCACUCAAUUGGGAUUUCGGUUCUCAUCUAUAAGCUCACCAAAGAGAGAACUUGUGCUGGAUUAUCACUCAAGUCUCAGGAAUUAACUGCCAUCUUCUUGGCUGUGAGGUUGUAUUGUAGUUUUGUUAUGGAGUUUGAUAUACACACCCUGUUAGAUUUAGCAACACUCGCCACAACCUUGUGGGUGAUAUAUAUGAUCCGUUUCAAACUUAAGUCGAGCUACAUGGAGGAUAAAGACAACUUUGCAUUAUAUUAUGUGAUAGUACCCUGUGCUGUAUUGGCUUUACUUAUUCAUCCAUCAACUUCUCAUCACUUUGUUAACAGAGUUUUCUGGGCGUUUUGUGUGUAUCUGGAAGCUGUUUCAGUGUUGCCCCAGUUGCGAGUGAUGCAAAACACUAAGAUUGUCGAACCGUUUACUGCUCACUAUGUAUUUGCAUUGGGUAUUGCAAGAUUCCUUAGCUGCGCUCAUUGGGUUCUCCAGGUCUUGGAUAGUCGUGGACACCUUCUAGUAGCUCUCGGUUAUGGGUUAUGGCCAUCUAUGGUUCUAAUCUCAGAAAUUGUGCAGACUUUUAUCCUAGCUGACUUCUGUUACUAUUAUGUGAAGAGCGUUUUGGGGGGACAGCUCGUCCUCCGACUCCCAUCUGGAGUGGUGUGAUGCAUGGAUAUCGUGUCAUGUGUUUUUUUUUUUUUUUUUUUUUUGUCCAUAGCCAGGCCAAGUUCUUUUCUUGACGUGUUUGUGGGUAUGGGGUUGAUAUUGUUAUCAUAACUUGAAAUCACCUUGGCUGCAUGUAAGUAAAUUAUUAAAGAAGAUUGAUGAUUUAUCAAAUUUCACUUCUUAUAGUA